AUGACGUACCCAGCUGAUACCAAUACUCGGCUUCGAGCAAGCAAAUGCCAUUGUCGGCAAUGGAACUUUCCCUUGCUUUGUUCAGUCCUUUUGGUGUCGUCUGCUGUGGGGGUAUCGGGGUUCCAAUCUUCGUUCAUUGCCACUACUAAGAAGGGUGUACAGAUGCGCUCACUGAACGUGUGGAAACCAGAUCCACGGGUACCACUCGUUCCGACCAAGUCUUCUCGGAUGUUACAACACCACGAUAAUUGCCUCAGCAAUCAAUCAAAACGACCCGGUUGGGCAGCACGUCUGUCUUCCAAAUGGCAACAGUUGACAUCUCGGAGACGGCGCUUGGUGCGUGGUGGGGCUGCCUUUCUCGCCAUUUUGAUGACAACCCUGGUAGUAAAUCCAGUCAAAGUUCUGGCCAUGGGAGGAGGAAUGGGAGGAUCCAGAGGACCCACUCUACCCAUGUCACAGAAAGAAUUCUUGUCGGCAUCCGCACUCUUUCUCAGUCUCUUCUCUGUGCUGGCACUGUUGCAUGCCGCCGAAAUUGCCAUUACGACACUCUACCCCUGGAAAGUACGAGAAAUUGCCGAAGAAGAAGCCAAACUGGGAAAGAAUCGAAGCACCUUUAAAGUUCUCAAUGAAGACAUUACCAGAGUCUUGACAACCAUAUUGGUCACAUCCACAGCAUGUUCCAUCUUUGCCACAACCAUCUUUACUCAUGUUGUCGCAUCGCGGUUUGGAACUCGCGGUGAACGCUACGGUGCCUUGGCACUGACGGCUCUGACACUCUUCUUUGUCGAACUCUUGCCCAAAUCACUGGGAGUGACCAAUGCCGAAACAGUGGCGCGACUCAUGGUCCCACCCGUGAAUGUGAUUUCCACCUUUGUGAGUCCUCUGGGCAUUUCUCUCAGCUUUCUGGCGAAACAAACACUGCGAUUGUUUGGUGUCAAUUUAUCAAAGGGUGAUGGGGACGUGUCCGAUUCACAACUGAGGCUGAUUGUUACGGGCGCCCGAGAUUCGGGAACCAUUGAUCACGGAGAACAGGAAAUGAUCCAAGGAGUCCUCAAUCUACAAGGCCAGCGAGUCAAGGAAAUCAUGAAACCACGGGUGGAAAUGAUCGCCGUGCCCAAAACGAUGAGUGUAGCAGGGGUCUUGGGUAUUGUCAGAGAAAGUGGAUACAGCCGCAUCCCAGUUUACGAGGGGGAAAUCGACAAUAUAGUUGGAAUGGUGAUUGCCAAGAAUGUGCUCGACUUUUUCGUAGAAGGUGUUCUAAUUGACGAAGAGAUGCAAAAGAAGAUCCGGCGAGAAGAUCCAAUUGAAGAAGUCUUGGCUUCAGGAGAGUUCCUUGAUGUUGGUGCAGCCGACAAUGCGACAUCCCAAGACGCGACGAAUUCAUCUGUCGUCAUUCCCAUUGGACCCAGUGGUGAAGAAACGUUAGUGCGACCCUUGACACCCAUGCAACUCGCUCAACGAAUGGAGGAGUCUAUCGAUCAGGCAGGUCUGAUUGAAUCCUGUUACUUUGUUCCGGAUACUGCUAAGGGAUGGUCCGUGCUCCAGGAAAUGCGACGCCGGAGAAUUCACAUGGCCAUCGUCGUUGAUGAGUUUGGUGGCACUGGUGGUUUAGUUUCCCUGGAAGAUAUCGUUGAGGAAGUGGUCGGUGAAAUCUACGAUGAAGAUGAUGAGGAAGAUUAUUCAUUCUCGGAAGAUUCUAUCACGCUGCAAGAGGAUGGUUCCUUUUUGAUUCGCGGUGAUGCUGAUCUGGAAGAUGUCGACACUAUUCUGCAACUGAGCCUGGAUGAAGAGUCGGAGUUGAAGGAGUUCGCGACUCUUAGUGGUUUCUUGUGCAUGUGUGCCGGGGAGAUUCCGUCCACGGGCGAUAUUAUCAUGAGCCGUGGUUGGUGCUUCGAGAUUGAGCAUGCGGAUGACAAGAGAAUUUUGCUGGUAAAGGUAGAACGCUUACUUGGAGAAGAGGUGGAGGACGACGACGACGAUUCCUCCAACAACCCAAUCCGCAAUCUACUACGAAUGAACAACGAUGACGGAGAUUCGGAAGAUGCAAAUGACGAAAAUAUCGACUCCAGCAAACAACGGACCGAGGCAAUGAUCGAGCAGGCGAGGGAAGCCAACAUUGAGGCGGCGAAAGACGUCGAGCGUUUGGUGGAAAGUGGCCAAAAGAAAAUGUCCAUGUUGAAGGAUAUUGCGGAGGGAAAGGAAGCAUAG